CAGAACACUAUCUUCCAGUCUAUCUUCAAGUCAACAUUUUUUUUUUCAUAUACCCUCCACAUCAUGCACGUCUCAAAGCUCUUUAUCGUCGGCGCCAUUGUGACGGCCGCCGAAGCCUUUACAUGUGCCAGAGAGCUAUUCGGACAAUGCUACUUCGUCGAUGGCAACCCAGUUGGCCAGCAACAGCGUUGUGCUAUUAAGUGCGAAGACAAAUUUGGCCAUGUCAACUGUGUCUGCCCGGACUACUACCCCAAGAACGACAAAGGAUGGCCUUAUUCUGGAAAGCAUGAGUGCAUUCCUGUCGGUGCAUACAAUGGCCGACACAAGUGCUAUUAAGUAGCUCUCUAUACAUCCCCCCAUUGGAAGCAAACCCUUGUAUUGCUAUAGUUAGACUAUGGGAAGAGUUGGGUCGGGUUGCGAUAGGGAAAUUGAAGAGCCAGUAGCUAGGAUGCUACUGGUAUAGUGGGGAUAGUUAAGCUUAUUAGUACACCUAGGGCCUUCAACAGUAUGAGGCUUAGAAUUUCAGACUUUCCUAC